GCAAAAAAAAGAAGCAGGUUUUGAAGUUCACCCUUGACUGCACCCACCCUGUAGAAGAUGGAAUCAUGGAUGCUGCCAAUUUCGAGCAGUUCCUCCAGGAGAGAAUCAAGGUGAAUGGGAAAGCUGGGAAUCUUGGUGGAGGGGUUGUGACCAUUGAACGGAGCAAGAGCAAGAUCACUGUCACUUCCGAGGUGCCUUUCUCCAAAAGGUAUUUGAAAUAUCUCACCAAAAAAUAUUUGAAGAAGAACAAUCUCCAAGACUGGCUGCAUGUGGUCGCCAACAGCAAAGAGAGCUACGAGCUGCGUUACUUCCAGAUCAACCAAGACGAAGAGGAGGAGGAGGAUUAAGACACAUUGGUCUGGAAUGUUUUGUAUUAAUUCAUAAAUAAAAUUUACGAACAAAAAAAAA